AGCAAAAUAAUUGUUUUAUUUGUAAUAUAAACACACACACCAAAGGAGAAAGUUUCACACUCACACACAACCACCUCGCGUUCUCUCUACCAUACAAUUUACAAACAAAACCAAAAACUAAAAUAAACAAAACCAAAACCUCAGAGAUUCGAUCUUCAUUCCCCGACGACGCCGGCGGAGCUCUUAUGGCGGGACAGUCGCGAAAAUGGAUGAUUCUAGUGGCGACGAUAUGGAUUCAGGCUUUCACCGGGACGAACUUCGAUUUCUCGGCUUACUCUUCGGAGCUGAAAUCGGUUCUGAGGAUUUCGCAGGUGCAGCUUAACUACCUCGCCGUGGCUUCCGAUCUCGGGAAGGUGUUCGGGUGGUCGUCGGGGCUCGCGCUGAUGUAUUUUCCGAUUUGGACGGUGCUUUUCGCGGCGGCGUUUAUGGGGUUCGUCGGUUAUGGAGUACCAGUGGCGGAUGUAGAGCAUACAAGGAUCCGCCAAUGUGGAGUACAGUGGCUCGUCAUAACUAACUUCAUCUCUUUGCCGUAUAUUGUGGUGUUCCUCUGUUGUUUACUCGCUGGUCUAAGCAUCUGUUGGUUCAACACAGUCUGCUUUGUCCUCUGCAUCAGUAACUUCCCUGCAAACAGAUCACUUGCUCUUUCCCUCACCGUCAGCUUCAACGGUGUAAGCGCAGCUUUAUACACUCUCGCUUACAACGCAAUCAACCCAACCUCUCCUGAGCUCUACCUUCUCUUAAACGCUCUUAUACCCCUUGUCAUCUCUUUCACUGCCAUCAUCCCUAUUCUUCGCCAACCGCCUUUCGAGCCUCUUCCACCAGACGGAGUUCGCCGUGACUCUCUCAUGUUUCUAAUCCUCAACAUUCUCGCUGCUUUAAACGGUGUUUAUCUCCUUCUCUUUGAGUCAAACUCCUCUGCUUUAACCUCUGCUCGUCUCCUCUUCGGUGGAGCUAUCCUCCUCUUGAUCCUCCCUUUAUGUAUUCCCGGUUUAGUCAUCGCCCGGAACUGGUAUCUUCGCACGAUCCACACCAGUUUUCGUCUCGAAGGCUCCGGUUUCAUUCUUGUUGAUCCUGAUGAGCUUGAGUUGCAUAAAGGGAUGCUUGCACAUGAAGCCAAUAGAGAAAGCUACCAGUUGCUGACCGAUGAUGUUGUGCCAAACCCGGUUAAGACUAUAGCUGUGGAGGAAGGUGAUGCUGAUGAGUCUUCUUGUUGCAAGAAGCUUAUCACAAGAGGUCAGCUUGAGCUAUUGGGAAUUGAACAUUCUCUGUGGCAGCUCUUAAGCAGAGCAGACUUCUGGUUCUACUAUGUCGCCUACUUCUGCGGUGGAACCAUUGGACUUGUGUACAGCAACAACCUCGGACAGAUUGCUCAGUCUUUAGGACAAAGCUCAAACACCACAACUCUUGUCACACUUUAUUCCUCUUUCUCGUUCUUUGGAAGAUUACUCUCUGCGACACCAGACUAUAUCCGAGCGAAGGUUUAUUUUGCAAGAACCGGAUGGUUAGCAAUCGCGUUAUUACCAACGCCAAUCGCGCUUUUCUUGCUCGCAUCAUCAGGAACCGCGUCAGCACUACAAGUUGGAACCGCUCUGAUGGGUCUAAGCUCAGGAUUCAUAUUCGCAGCAGCGGUUUCCAUCACAUCAGAGCUUUUUGGACCAAACAGCGUUGGGGUUAACCACAAUAUCUUGAUCACAAACAUACCAAUAGGAUCAUUGAUCUAUGGAUUCUUGGCUGCAUUGGUCUAUGAUUCACAUGGUACGACAGGGAUCAAGUCCAUGACCGACUCGGUCGUGUGUAUGGGACGAGGUUGCUAUCACAUGACGUUUGUCUGGUGGGGAUGCUUGUCGGUACUUGGACUAGGUUCGAGUCUUGUCCUGUUUAUAAGAACUAGAAAAGCUUAUCAACGGUUUGAACAAGCUCGGAUAAGUUCAAACAUUGAUUCAUAGAAACUUGUCUCAAUCCCCCAAUGGCUUGUGUGUAUAUCAUUAUAUGUAGGAUCUACAUUUUAUAACAGAAGUUAUAAUGGACUGUUAUAGAUUUUUAUAUAAACAAAGAUUCACUUUCCA